AGUUGAAGAAAAUGUGUUCAGCCAAUCAGAGGAGAGGCGGAAGUCGUUUUCAACCAAUAACGUACGAGUUCAGAGGUUCGACCUGAUUUACCUGCGGUAUGAGAUGUUACUGUAACAAUGUAAACAAUGAAAGAAGCGUUUUCCUGUCAACAGUGCGUGACAUAAAUGUCUGAGUGUGACUCCGUUUCCUGUGAGUGACAGGCGGUGUGUGUGUGUGUGUGUGUGUGUGUGUGUGUUACUGUAUAUGGUGCAGCAUGAAAGCGCUGAGGUUUGGACUGACACUUGUUCGACAUGGGGAAACACACUACAACAAACAAGGCCUUCUGCAAGGCCAGGCGAUCGAUGCACCUCUGUCUGACAUCGGGCUGCAGCAGGCGGAGGCUGCAGGUAUUUACCUGAAAGACGUCAUGUUCAGCAACGUGUUUGCCAGUGAUAUGCUACGAGCCAAACAGACUGCUGAAACAAUAAUGAAACACAAUAAUAGUUGUUCCGGUCUCCAGAUGUCAUGUGACCCCUUGCUUAAAGAAAUAAGCUUUGGAACAGCAGAGGGUGGACGAGUGCAGGAUGUGAAAGAAAUGGCCCGAGCAGCCGGUCAGACUUUUCCAGGCUUCACUCCUCCAGAGGGAGAGACUCAGGAGCAGGUGAAGGAACGGGUCAAAGAGUUUGUGGAGAAAAUGCUCCAGCAGGUUGGCGGUGAACACUGGGGACAGGCGGACAGAGAGGAGGACGAGGCGCGCUCGUCCACGGCGGAGGGGAAGCCGGACGACGGCGUCAGGGGCGUCCCGGUCCACGCUCUGGUCGUCACUCACGGAGCCUACAUGUGCGUGGCGGUGCGUUACUUUGUGGAGGAGUUACAUUGUUCUCCGCCUCAGGGUUGUGACGUGGCAACAAUGUUCUCGUUGAGUCCAAACACCGGUCUCUGUCGGUUUGUACUCACCGUGAGAGAAGAGGGCGGCAGGUUCACAUUGUCGGAGAUCCACUGUGUGUUUGUCCACAGGGGAGACCACGUUAAACAGUUAUAACAAUUGUUUUUAUUUGAAUAGCACUUUUUAAGCUGGAGCACAAAGUGUUUCCCAGAUGAAAUUAUGUGCAGAAUAAAAUAAGGAGAAAACGCUCCCUAAACUGAUAACUGAAAACAAGAACAUGAGUUUACACCAAGCAGCACUCAGCCCUUACUUCAAUAGAUGUUAGCUCAUAGUCAUUGAUAGAUAAUAAAAAGAAGAUAUUUUUAUUUAACAUGUUAACAGUAGGAGCAGAGAUGAGGAAGAGACGGACAACAAGAGAAAACAUCCAACAAAGUAGCUCAAACCUUGAUAUCUGUGUGUGAGAUUAGUAUAAGGAACCCACCUCCUAUCUAAUGAUGCACUUCAUGCUUUCAAAUCUUUUACUUUAUUAAUCCCCUUAGGGAAAUUAUUUCUCUGCAUUUGACCCA